GUGGGCAAACUGUGUGUGUGUGUGUGUGUGAGUGAGUGUGUGUGUGUGUGUGUAUUAUAUGAGAAGAAAUGUUGAACUUCAUGAGCUGCUGUAGUUCAUUCAUUUGGAGAUAGGAGUGAUUCGAUGUGUCUGAUUAUUUCCACAUUCUUUUAUUUGUGCUGUAUUUUAUGUGUGUGUGGGGGUCUUGUCUCUAAAAGAAGAGUCUGACCUCAUUGAGUGUGUGUGUGUGUGUGUGUGUGUGUCACUGGGCAUAAAGAGCACUUCUCUCCAGGCAUCCCACAUUGUCCAUGGUGAGAACAACAGCUAUUCACAGAGCAGGAUUCAACCAGUGACCUGCCACGCUGUUCCCUCUGUGUUAAAGAACCAGAUGGCGAAGGCACUGUAUGACAACGUGCCGGAGUCGCCAGAGGAGCUGGCAUUCCGCAAAGGUGACAUCCUGACGGUGAUCGAGCAGAACACAGGUGGCCUGGAAGGCUGGUGGCUCUGCUCACUGCACGGGCGCCAGGGCAUCGCCCCAGGGAACCGCCUCAAGCUCCUCAUCACGCCCAUGCUCGAGGGCAAUACAGCAUCCACACCCUCACCAUCACCAAACCUGAGCCACCAGCCGCAGAGGCCCCGAACCCCCCAGGGCAUGUACCAGCCCACACCGGGGAGCCAAACACAGGGCAUCUACCAGGUGCCACCCUGCCAGGAUGUGUACCAGGUCCCACAGAGGAGCGUGCUGGCAGCUGAUGGAAUGCCAUGCAGGGUGACGACCCCGACACGAGUUGGACAGACAUACGCUUAUAACCCUGCACCCAGCAACUCUCAGGACCUCUAUGAUGUGCCUCCCAUGCGAACUCAAGGGGUGUAUGACAUUCCAGCUGGGAAAAAAAAAGGAAAGCAUGGAAGUCCUCGAGCCCAGGGUCUUUAUGACAUUCCUCCUACACAGGACACACGGAAUCAGGGAGUGUAUGACAUACCACCGCCAUCCCAAGGGGUUUAUUCUGUGCCACCUUCUAAAAAUAACUCCGAUCAAGAUGAGUGCAAUUAUGACUUUCCCCAGCCUCACAAAAAGAAGCCGGAGGGUGUUUACGACAUUCCACCCAUGUCUCUGUCAAAAUCCACCCAGUCAAACUAUGACUUCCCUCCAGGCAACUGCAGCAGUGCCACCUAUGACAUUCCGGCAAGCCAGCUUAAUUCUGGAGCAUCCCAAGAUUUAUACGAUGUCCCACGUGGGAUUCAGCAGCAAACGCAGUGCCGGGAACGUGAUCGCAACAAGGGUAUCUAUGAUGUCCCACCCCCCGAUUCUCGUUUGCUGGCUGAUGUGACUGAAGGCAUGAACCGCUUAUCAUUUUCCAGCACAGGGAGUAGCAUGUCCACUUCGUCAUCUUCGGCUGGCUCUCCAGCAGAGGGCCGUCUCAUGCUGGACAUAGAUGCUGCCUUACAGAAGCUCAGCCACCUGCAGAAGGGCCUGGAGUCCUCCCUCUCCUCUCUUCAGACCCUGGUCUCCUCGCCCAGCUGGAGAACUUAUGGCUUCAUGGAGCGCUAUGCUAAUGAAGUGCGCUCCACUAUGGAGCGUGUCCGUAGCGCUCUUGCUGAAUUCCUUGCUUUUGGUAAAGGCGCUGCAGCGAAUGCAACCACACUAUUGGACCCAGCACUGCACUCUAAACUGAGAAGGCAGCUGCAAAGGCUGGAGGACUCACAGCAGAUCCUGCAGCAGAGCCUGGAAAACAGUAGCUGGGCACUCGCGACUGGCAAGCAGCAGAGUAAAAAUGACGAACUGGACCGCUUUGUUAUGGUGGCACACACACUUCCUGAUGAUGCCAAGCAGUUGGUGUCCACGGUAGGGGGCAAUGCAGAGCUACUAUUCCGCAGAGCACCUGUAGAGGGUGUUGUUCACCCUUUUACUUGCAACCCAAUAGAAGAGGAGAGCUACAGCGGCCAAACCAAGCCAUUCCCUGUGGUUCAGGACAGCGAACAGUGUGUGAAAAGCUGGAUGGAGGAUUAUGAUUACGUCCAUUUGCAGGGGAAAGAAGAAUUUGAGCGUCAGCAGAAGGAGCUGUUAGAAAAGGAGAACAUCAUGAACCAGAGCAAGGUCAAACUGGGACAGGAGCAGCUGAAUCAGUUUAAGCAGCUGGAGCAGGAGGUGAUCAAACCCGUAGACAAUGACAUCACACAGUGGAUCUCACACCAGCACUCCACAGGCUCCUCCUCCCCAUCAGAUUCCUCCUCCACGUCCUCUGCAGGAAGUGGAGCUCAGUUAUGUGGGCGGGACCGGCAGCUGCUGGCCUUCUACGGAGAGCAGUGUGAGCAGCACUUUGUGACUCUCCUGAACGCCGUGGAUGCAUUCUUUAGCUGUGUGGCGGCCGGCCAGCCACCGCGGAUCUUCGUUGCUCACGCCAAAUUCGUCAUCCUCAGUGCUCAUAAGCUUGUAUUUAUUGGAGACACUCUGUCGCGGCAGGCUACUGUGCCCGAAGUGGCCAAUCGGGUGAUGGACUCGAGCAACGUACUUUGCGAGCUGCUCAAAACAGUGGUGGGUGCCACCAAAAUGGCAGCCCUGCAUUAUCCCAACACGCCGGCGGUGCAGGAGAUGGUGGACCGAGUCACGGACCUCUCACAUCAUGCACAGCAGUUUAAAAUGCAGCUCUUACAAAUGGCAGCAUUGUGAUCUGUUAAGUGUGCGCAUGUUGUAAGAAAGAAAGACUUUGUAUUAUAUAUUAUAUAUUAUAUAUUAUAUAUGUAUUACGCACAUUGACAAAUGCUGGCUUUGUAAAUAGUACUGUUCCAGUAUCCUGUGUAAAUAUUUGACUCUAUUUUGUUUAGAUUUGUUUUAUAUAAGGGAUGGUAUGAAUAUGUCUAUAAAGUUGCUUUCUAAAGCAGUAAUGGUAACAUUCAGUUUGUUUGUUUUUUAAUGAGCACCUUAUAAAUUUGCUCUAAUGACCAGUAGAUUAAAGCUGCACCUGCUACUGGAAAAGUAGUUCUUUACAUUUCUUGACACUUGCUGCAUUUUGUGUACAAUGUGAGUGUGAAAGUAAAAGACUCAUUUACCAGAUGAUUCUUCAUUUUAUUGUUUCGUGGUUACAAAGCUAAAGCGAUUUGUACCAUCCUUGGCAUUUAUUGCAUUGCAUUGUGGGUUCACUUCAGACAAACAGAACAGGUUUAACCCCUGAACCCCCACGACCCACGGGCUAAAAUUCCUCCCUCUCAUAACUACAGUUGCUAUUAGUUUUACUGUAGUUACUGAAUGUUUGUAGUAAUAACUGAACAAUGUGCUUUACAAUGAAUAACUAAUUAAUAAAAAGAUGAGCUUUAGUGGGUGAAGCAGGCUGAACCCGGUCUGUGUCUAGAUUUAACAAUGCUGACCCCAUAUUGUCAUAACUAUAUGGAAGACUUUAUAUUUCUACUCAUUGUUACUUUAAUAAAUAACUGUAAUAAACAGAAAAAUACUGA